CUUCAUCAUCAUAUCAUCGAGUUCGCAAAGCCUCCUUCAAUGAAUCGACCGCGGCGUUUCUCCGUAUCUGUAAGGUGUUCACAUAUAAAAACAGACAUAAGAUGUCCGCGACCAAGCCUUCGACUGACAGUCUCGACAACGCUCGCAGAGCAGCAGCGCCGCCGCUCAGCCUUUUCCUUUCCGUCUUGACUUUCUCUUUCUCGCCAUGGCCCGUCUGAACUGGUCCCCUUCAUCGCUCCCCUGGCUCCGUGGCCGCACAUACCUCGUCACAGGCGGCAACACGGGCAUCGGCUACUGGACCGUCCACCACCUCGCACGCCAUGGUGCAACAGUGUACAUGACAUCGCGCUCCCUCGAGAAAGGCACACAAGCCAUCGCCAGCAUCAAAUCAUCCCUCUCCGCCGCCCCUGGCCCCAACCCCGACCUUGACCGUGACUGUGACAAUGACCCUGACUCAAUCAGAAUCCACCUGGUCGUCAUGGACCUCAUGUCGCUCUCUUCCGUCGCCGCAGGUGCCACACACAUCCUCACGCAAUGCACCUCUCUCCACGGCAUCGUCAACUCCGCAGGGAUCAUGGCCACGCCCCUAGCAAUGAGCCAGGACGGCUACGAGUCACAAUUCCAGACCAACUACCUCUCCCACUGGCUGCUGACGUACCUUUUACUCCCGCUCCUCGAGUCGACGGCCCGCUCUUCUUCUUCCUCUCCCUCUUUGGCCGCAGGUAUCCCCACCCCCACUGGCACCACACCCGUCCGAGUCGUCAACGUCAGCUCGACCGGCCACACCGCCACGCUGAAAGAAGGCAUCACCUUCGCCGACACCAGUCUGUCCACCAAAUUCACAUUCCGCCGGUACGCGCAGAGCAAACUCGCCAACAUCCUGCACUCAAAGUCCCUGGCUACCAAAUACGCCGAUGCCGGGAUCUGGAGCAUCUCGCUGCACCCUGGCAACGUCGACACGCAGCUCAACACUUCGGCAUGGGGUGGCUCAUCGCUGACCCCGAUCCUGCGCUGUCUGGGCGUGUACAUCACUCCCGAGCAGGGGAGUUACAAUUCGCUCUGGGCCGUCGCCAGUCCGGACGUUAGUGCCAACAUGUCAGGGCAAUACUUCAUGCCCGUCGGCGUGCCCAAACCCCCAAGUAAAUUGGCCAGCAACUCGGCGUUGGCCGACAAACUCUGGGAUUGGACGGCGCAGGAGAUGAAGAGGAAAGGAUUCAUCGAGGACGCUUAAAUUUUUGCGAUCAAUUGUGUGCAUUCUCCUAUCAUCGUCAGUCGAAACUCGAUACGACUUGACCUUGACUGGGGUGAUUGACGUGCAAACAAGGUCGUUGUCUAUCUCUCUACGCUACCAUGUCGGAAAUUGCGGCAAUGCCAACAUGAAAAACUUGCUGCAGCAUACGGAGUAGACAUUUACCAAUUUGAAAAGUCAAUAGCCACAGAAACCUUUUGUAGAAUUGAAGUUUCAUUUCCACUAAAUGUGGGGAGUAUUUGAC